UGACGCGGCGGCCCGAGUGGCCGGUGGGUGCAGACGGCCAUGGAGGCCGCGUCGGUGCGCCGCCGGGCGGCUUCGCAGCGUCGGGGCCCUCCGACCACGCAGGCUCGGGCGCAGGAGGAGCGGGAGCGGCGGCCCGGGCGGAGGCGGGGAAGGAGAAUCAAAGAGGAUCGAGAAGAAGAAGCAGUCUUUCGAGAAGUGGUCAACUUUACCCCGGAUCCUUUGCCAGCUAGAUAUUAUGACAGAGAGACCUCCAGACCUAUCAGCUUUUACUUGUCAUCACUGGAGGAGCUCCUGGCCUGGACACCCCUCAUGGAGGAUGGCUUCAACGUGGCCCUGCAGCCCCUGGAGCAACGCCAGCCGCCACUCAGCAGCCACAGGCCCCGAACCCUGCUGUGCCACGACAUGAUGGGCGGGUACCUGGAUGAUAGGUUCAUUCAGGGCUCGGCGGUGCGGGACCCUUACGCCUUCUACCACUGGCCAUACGUCGAUGUCUUCGUCUACUUCAGCCACCACACAGUCACCAUCCCCCCCGUGGGCUGGACCAAUGCUGCACACAGGCAUGCGGUCUGCGUGCUGGGGACCUUCAUCACAGAGUGGCAGGAUGGGGCCAAGCUCUGUGAAGCCUUCCUGGCCGGGGAUGAGAGCUCCUACCAGGCAGUGGCUGAUCGGCUGGUCCAGAUUGCUCAGUUUUUCCGUUUCGAAGGCUGGCUCAUCAACAUUGAGAACUCUUUGAGUCCGGCAGCCGUGAGGAACUUGCCACGGUUUCUCCGGUACCUGACUGCCCAGCUGCAUCAACAGGUCCCGGGGGGUCUGGUGCUCUGGUAUGACAGCGUGCUGCAAAGUGGGCAUCUCAAGUGGCAGGAUGAACUGAACAAGCAGAACAGGGUCUUUUUCGACUCCUGUGACGGCUUCUUCACCAACUAUAACUGGCGGGAGGAACACCUGCAGCGGAUGCUGGGGCAGGCUGGGGAGCGCCUGGCUGACGUGUACGUGGGUGUGGAUGUGUUUGCUCGGAGCAGUGUGGUCGGAGGCCAGUUUGACACUGACAAGUCGCUGGAGCUGAUCCGGAAACAUGGCUUCUCGGUGGCACUGUUUGCUCCUGGCUGGGUCUAUGAGUGUCUGGAGAAGAGCAACUUCUUCCAGAACCAGGACAAGUUCUGGAGACUGCUGGAGCGCUUUCUGCCCACACACAGCAUCUGCUCCCUGCCCUUUGUCACCUCGUUCUGCCUGGGCAUGGGAACACGAAGAGUCUGCUAUGGCAAGGAGCAGGCGGUGGGGCCCUGGUACCAUCCAAGUGCCCAGGAGACCCAGCCCCUUGUUGGCGAACACAAGCUGGCUGGAGACAGCCAGGGAUGGGUGAAGACACACUGCUGUUUGGCCGAUGCCUGGCAUGGGGGCAGCUCCCUGCUUCUCCGGGGGGUGAUCCCACCUGAGAUUGACAGUGUGGCUGUGAGGUUGUUUUCCCUACAGGUCCCGGUGCCACCGAAGCUUCUCCUGUCCAUGGUGUACAGGCUUGAAGGAUCAGUGGCUGUCCAGGUGUCUUUGGAGCUCACGACGGGAGACGCCAGCAGCUGUCAUGUUGGUGGCAUCUCAGUGUUGAAUGCAGAAACUGGCUCAAGACACAGACCUCGACCCCUCCGGGUGCCCCCCACCAGGCUGGCCAGAUGGGCAGGCCGCUGUGGCCAGCAGCUCAGUGGGGGCUGGAUCCAGCGCUGCUAUGAGGUGAGUCUGCAGGGGUGCUUGCUUCAGGACCUCUUGGUGAGCUUCUCCCGGUCGCAGGGCAGCCGAGAGGAGGAGAGCUUCAUUUGUCGCCUUGGAGAGGUCCAGGUGGUUGAUGCCAACAGCCUGCUGGCCCCUCUGCCCCGGGUGCAGAACAUCACCAUCUCGCAGGUCCGCUGGCUUCCACUGACUUCUGCGUCAGAGGGACUCCCAAGCCGGCUCCUUCUCAGCUGUACUCUACACUGGUCCUACCUCCUUCUCCAAGCCCGGUGCUUCCGAAUCCACUGCUGGCCACAGACAGGCUCUCUCAGCCGGGAGCCCCCUGGGGCAGAGAAGCCCACGUUCCUCGGCCUGGCCUUUGCCAACCAGUACCGGGUGGUGGACUUGGCAGUGGAGGCUGCCGGAUCUGGGCGGGAUGGUCGUGUGGAGUUCCUGGUGGAGCCUGUCCCCAGGGAGGGUUUCCUGGUGCCUCAGGCAGAGUGGGGCAGGGCAACCCUGCUGUAUUCUGCAAGCCCCCACCCUGGUGAGCAGACCCCAGAGCAUAGCACCUCCUAGAGUCUAAGAUAGGUUUCUUCCUGGCCUGCUGCCUAGGGCAGAGUUGGAUGCCGAGUACGCUGGGUCCUCAGGAGGCCAGGUCUCUGGGCUUUGGCUCUACUCUCAGGAAGCUGUGCAGAGGGUCUGGGGUGACAGUUCCCUAGUGAAUGAAUAGCUUUCUGGUUGUUUGUAAUGCUCUCUGUGGGAUGCAUUUCCCAAGGAAGGAUAAGAUUUGAGGUUUCCUCCAGAAAAUUCCAUAAAGAAUGUUCCUCAUAGGCUGAAA